AUGCAAAAUGGCCCCGAACCGCCGACAAAGAGGCAGAAAACCUCUUGUUCUGCCACCGUCGCCUCCACGGUCGCUUCUGUGGAACCCCCCGCGAGAAAACUGCCUCAGAUCCUGGACUUUAAGUUCCCUCCCGUAGAACCUAUUGCUCUGAAAGAGCAUAAACGUUCGGUAGACUGCCUAGUGAAGCUUCUACAGAAGAAGAAGAAGAUAGUGGUUAUUGCAGGAGCUGGCAUUUCUGUAGGGGCUGGAAUUCCCGACUUUCGAUCCUCAAAUGGAUUAUUUUCCACUUUAAGAACAGAUAUGAAAUUAAAGUCUUCUGGGAAGCAAUUAUUUGAUGCGUCCGUUUACAAAGAUGAUCAACUCACUUCAUCGUUCCACGAUAUGGUUCGCAAUCUCCAUACCAUGACAUCUAACGCCUCGCCAACCGAGUUUCACCACCUCUUAGCAACAUUAGCGAACCAAGGAAGAUUGCUUCGUUUAUACUCACAAAACGUUGAUUGUAUCGACACGCAAUUGCAGCCUCUAAAGACAGCAGUGCCCCUCGGUAAUAAGGGACCUUGGCCUCGGACUAUUCAAUUGCAUGGAGGGUUGGAAAAUAUGGUCUGCUCAAAGUGUGGGUGGUUGGCCGCGUUUAACGCGAGCCUAUUCAAAGGGUCGGAGCCUCCAGACUGCACAGAAUGUAUGGAAAUGGAUUCCGUGAGGGGUGUGGCUGGAAAGCGGGCGCUUGGCGUUGGGAAAUUAAGACCAAGGAUUGUCCUGUACAACGAAUUUAACCCGGACGCCGAGGCGAUUGGUGCAGUCACAAAGGCAGACCUAAAGUCGCGUCCAGAUUGCCUGAUAGUAGUCGGAACAAGUUUGAAAGUACCUGGGGUGCGGAGAAUCGUCAGAGAAAUGUGUGGAGUGGUUCAAGACUACCGAGGUGGAAUGACUGUAUGGAUCAAUGAAGACGACCCACCAACCGGGAAAGAGUUUGAGGGCGCCUUUGAUCUUAUUGUUAGGGGGGACUGUGAAAAGGUUGCAAAAACCGCCAGCAUGCCAAGAUGGGAUGGCAGCGAGGCGCCCUUGCGGGCAGAAUUCGAGACAGAUAGCGACAGCUGCGGUUCAUUCAUGAUGGAUAUAGAUUCUGAUGAGCUCACCAGGAGCACCAACAAUGUUGAAGUCCAUAUUCCCCCACUUCUCCAGAUUACUCAACUUCCUAGCCCUUCUAUAAGUCCUCCGCCGAAAGCGAAAGGCGCGCGCAAACGACCGCCUCCCGACACCAAAAUUGGUCCGUCAGCGAAGAGGGUCAAAACCAAAGCGAAAUCAACAGCUACAGGCACGAAGGCUAAGGCGGAGCCUAAAAAGAAGAGCAAUAUUGCCACCGCGUUCAAAGUUAAGAAAGCGGUAUCCAUGACGGCCGUCAAAGGAACAAAAGCAAAGCCUGUAGCUAGAGCACCAAGAACGCCCAAAACGACAAGUUCGGUAGCUACAAAGAAGAUGGCGCCUUCAGUUGAGAUUCCGGCAAAGACAAAUACUAUUACUGUUGAGAUUCCGGCGAUGGCUAUAAUUUCGACAUCUCCUACUACGCCUACAUCUGGAAAUUUGUUUGGCAGCGAGAGGUCGUCUUCAAUCCCAAUCUCGAGUUUGCUCAACUGA